GCCGGCCCGAUGGCCACCAGUAGGCGCAUCCGCGGGGAGCUCUCAACUCUCGAAAAUAUCUCGUUCCCUCACCCCGACACCUCUCUCCUCUCUCUCAGUCACCCCGAUGCUUCUUCCCUUUCGAUAUACCACUCCCUCUCCCGAUUGACAGCGGCGGCGGCGGCUGGGGACCGCGGGCGGCGUCGGCAGCAGACUGUGAGCGGCGGCUGGGGACUGCAGGAGGCGACGGCUUGGAGCUGCGCGGGCGGCGGUGUCUGGGGACUGCUCGUGUUCUGCACGGAAGGCUGACGGUUGUGCUCUCCUUCUUCUUGAAAUGUGAAGCAGCAGGCGUGGGCUUGUAUUCUUGAACGCUAUGCUCUGGAAGGAAGACAGAAGGUCUUUAGUAGCAGCAAGGAGCAGGAGCUGUUAGGGAAGGCCAGAAUAAAAUCCCGCGCAGAGUGUUGCAGUACCUGUACCCCCUUGCAGAUAGGCUACAAAGGUUGUAUGCACAAGAGGGAGACAGCAAAGCUCCCUUAGUUGUUCCACAUCUGGUAGGAUGGUGCAUCCAUGUGAUAGGGAAGCUUGGGAGCUGAUGCAUCCAUCUGAUGGGGAAGUUUGGAAGAAAUUUGACCAGGAUUACAAAGACUUUGCAGCAAAUCCUAGACACAUCCGUUGUUCUGUAAGCACUGAUGAUUACACUCCUUAUCCAUUCAAGUUGGGUACUACUCCUCGCUCGACUUGGUCUGUUUCUCUGAAUAUACUAAAUGGCCCUCCUGGCACACUGCUAAAUCCAGAGUCCGUGCUCCCUACCGUUAUUAUCCCUGGCCCUGAAGUUCCAAAGAAUAUAAUAAAUGCUAUGGUUCAGACUUUAAUUGAAGAGCUGUUGUUGCUGUGGGAAGGGGUAGAAAUAUGGGAUGGUUCAGCCAAGGAAUUUCUUACAAUGAGGGGAGCCGUUUUAUGGCUCCAUGAUUUCCCUGACUAUAGUGGCUAUUAUGGAUGGGGCACACGUAGAAUUGUCGGUGCAGAUAUCUGUGGUUGCUGCGGUCCAAUCAGCAGCCAGAAAGUGCAAAAAUGCAGUGAUGAUUAUUCAGUAGCUGUGAGUGCUGAACAUCAGAUCAAUGGUGACCUGCCCCAUGGGCGUGUACCAAUCGGAGGUGGUGACGUCUGUGAAGGUUUCACAGAGACCCUGAAGUUUGAUACACCGCCGCCACCAGGGAUUCUACAAGGUGGAGCACCUGCACAGGUUGUGGUUGAUGCAACUGAUUCAGUCAUGUGUCCCCUAUGUCUAAUGAGCACGAUGUUACCAAUGCGUAAGGGCAGCCACCACCCAAGACACUGCGGAUGGUGUGAGCACAUUGAAGUUGACCUUUUACUGCCAUCUGCACUCUCUUUAUGUCGUGUUUGUGAACUGGGUAUUAGUGAACUUGUUGUUGCUACCUGAGCUAACGAUCUAUCUUGUGUCUCAUGCAAAUGCGGUGUGGAAUCUUAUGGGAUACCAAUUAGAUGUUAUCUUCGAAAAUUUGAACCUUUGUGUCGGUAAACUUAAUGCCUGUGUACAUUUUCGAAUUCCUGAUGGCGAGCGGUUAUUUUCCCUCCCAGGCAGUGUAGUACCUCUUGUGCUCCUCGAUGGCUGACGAUUUUACCAACCUAA